AUGAAUGUUGAACAAACUCCUAAGCACAUAAUUUUUAAUGACGAACCUUCCGUCUCCCGACGGGGUGUGUUGGGAAAUAAUUUAUUCAGGAACGGGAGAAGGUUUCAUAACCUCGAAGGUGUCAAUUAUCCAUAUCCUAAUGAUACAAUUGAGACGAACCGUCUAAAGUUGGACCACUACGUAUCGAAAUAUGCAUGGCAAGGGACGAUCUUUUAUUCUCCUCUAGAAAAUGAGUUAACGGAAGGUGAUGGCUUUCGAGUAUUGGACGUCGGGUGCGGAUCUGGCUCGUGGUUGAUGGAGAUGGCAUUGGAUUAUCCAAAAUCAACAUUCAUAGGCGUAGAUAUUGCCGAAAUGAUGACGAAAGAAAAACGACCGCAAAAUGUCGGAUUUAUUCAAUGCAACGUCCUCGAAGGACUUCCGUUCCCUAAUAAUACAUUCAAUUUUGUUUAUCAAUCCAAUAUGAUCUCUGCAUUUACCGAGGAACAGUGGCCGCUAAUGAUCGAUGAGGUCAUUCGAAUUACGAAGCCUGGUGGAUGGAUUGAGUUGGAAGAAAAACAUUGGAUUUUUGAAGAUUCGGGACCGACAAUGGAAGAAUUAACAAAUGAAAUAGUAAAAUUUGCACUAUCACGAGGCAUUAAUUAUCACAUGACACCUUUCAUUUACGAGUUAUUGGAGACAAAUGGAAAAUUAUCAAAUUUACAUUCGGGAGUGACCAUUUUCUCUUUAGGGGGAGAUGUUCUGGGUGAAUUGGCAUUUAAAUCAUUUAAAGAAUUGUUCCAUGCAAUCAGAAUUCCCCCUCUCGAUAAGAUGUCGGAUCUUGAAGUCGAGAAAUAUUUUGAGACGAUUCGUCAAGAAUGCGAAACAAAAAAAACCAGCGCCAAAUUAUAUAAAUUCUUUGCACAGAAAAAGCUGUGA